UCCACCCUCCGAAGCAGAAGGGUGCGGUGAAGCACCCGGAGGACGCACGAACGCCAGAAGAACAACAGCAGCAGCUCGGAUGUUAUUAUCAAUGGUUAUAAUCGACCUAUAGACCAUCAUCUGGCGUCUCAUCGCUGUGUGCUCCUUCACAACAUGUCGGCCUCUGGCUUUAUCCUGGUGGUCCUCGCCGUGUCUCUGUGGCCCGGAGACUCCCGGUUCAUCAUAGACCCGUUUUCACUCAUCAAACAGAAACCGCUGACAUUCGACAUGUGUUCAGAGUGCAGCCAGGUCGUCCAGAUGUCCGCCAACAUGAUUUCCAGCAGAGAUACCAAGGAGACUGUAUAUGAAACCUUGCAUGCUCUGUGCCAACGCCUCCCAAGAGAAACGGCCUCAGAGUGUGAUUCACAGCUCAAGGUGUAUUUGCCAAAAGUCCUGCAGCAGACACCCGGUCAUCUGAAACCAGGAGAAACCUGUCGGGCUUUUGGACUCUGUGCUGCCCACGAGGAGGAACUGCUGAACCUUCCCCCCCGCGCCACCGACGUGUCCGGCUCUGCACUCGCCUCGGCCACCAGAACCCACCUUAGUGGGCAGUUCAACCCUGCUUGCACCCUGUGUUUGUAUAUUAUCAACAGACUGGAGACCCUAUUGCCCAAAAAUAUGACUGAGGAUGCUUUGAUGAAGAUCAUGGAAGAGGUCUGUGAUCUCGUACCACAGAGCUAUAAGGACCAAUGUGAUGAUUUUGUCGACAAAUAUGGCACGCAGAUUGUCGAAUUCCUCUUAUCGUCUGCUGCACCUCACGCAAUAUGCAGUCUUUUGCACGUCUGUUUGUUCAAGGAGCAGCCUGUUCCAGAGCUGUUCCUUCCCUCGGAUUGUGACUUUUGCCGCACGCUGGCUGCGCUGAGCCGCCUCCAACUGGGUCUCAACGCCACCGAAUCCCAAACUUCCUCUUUCCUCCAAUCUGUGUGUGUCCAUCACCCCAAUGCCAUCCCCAAGUGUGAGGCUUUCACCAAAAUCUACGGCUCCCGACUGCAGAAGGUUUUGGGAAACCAGAUGGACGGCCAACAUGCUUGUGAAAGAGCUGAUCUGUGUGUUGCCGCAAAGAAGUUGGAGCCGCUGGGAAAGAAUCGUUGUACCUGGGGGCCGAGCUACUGGUGCCAAAGCAUUCAGACUGCUCAGAAGUGUGGCAACCAUGCCUUCUGUGAGAAGUACAUGUGGAAGGAGUGAAACAAACUGCCCGCCUGAGAGCA